AUGUGUGCCAGUGAUUCCAUUCUUGCUAUGCUUCCUACACCAACGUGUAAUGAGCUCAGCAGCAAGUGUCUAGGGCAUCGAGAUGGCUUGCAAGGUGUUGCGCCAGACUCCCUCACGAUGGGGAGCCGACUAGCUAGACGUGUAAUUGAUUUACAGGUCCGUGGUUGCAUGCUACACAUUCUACGCAAUCCUCUCCUUCCCAUUAUUCACUGCACUCGACCCACUCCAAACCACCGUCUCAAGAGUCAGCGUUUCACUGUAGGUAAAUCUGGUCCAGACUUAUGGCAAGUAGGCAACGCAACACCCACCAUACCAAUGGAGACCUGUGAAAUCAUGCUGGUGCACAUUGACAGCAAAUCGGCUGAUGUAUCCGCGCUUCGUGAGGACAUCGCAAAUCUGCGUGUUGAGUCACUGCGUCCUCUGUUAUCGAACAAGGCGGAGGGGAGGCAGUCGGCGACGCCCGCAGUCGACGGCAUUGCGAUUGGAUGA